AUGGAAUAUUUGAGUAGAUUGCUCAAAACUCUUCAACAAGAUCCAAACUUCAACUAUCAUCCAAGGUGUGAAAAACUUAACCUAGUACAAUUUAGUUUCGCAGAUGAUUUGUUGCUAUUCUGCAGAGGGGAUGUACUGUCUGUCCAGAUGCUGUUUAAUUGUUUUAAGGAAUUCUCAGAGGCCUCAGGUUUGAAAGCAAAUUUGGAGAAAAGUUCCAUUUAUUUUGGAGGGGUCCCUAUGGCUGAUCAAGAGUCCAUCCUGGAAUUAACUGGAUUUACAAGAGGGGAACUUCCUAUCAGAUAUUUAGGAGUUCCAUUGAGCACAAAGAGAAUAUCAGUGAAUCAGUGCAAGCCUCUGCUUGAUAAAAUGCUUGGCAGAAUCUCUACUUGGACUACAAAAUACUUAUCUUAUGUUGGUAGGGUCCAAUUAAUUAAAAGUGUUUUGUUUUCCAUACAAACCUUUUGGGCUCGAAUAUUUCUAUUGCCGAACAAGAUAAUCCAAAUGAUAGAAGCCAUUUGUCGAAGAUUUCUUUGGACCGAAGGUGUUGAAGUAUCAAAAAAGGCUCUAUUGGCUUGGGAAAAAAUGUGCUACCCUAGAUCUGCAGGAGGUCUUAACAUAUUGGAUAUCCUACAAUGGAAUAGAGCAGCUGUAUGCAAACUAUUAUGGAACUUGCGUAAGAAAAAAGAUAAGUUGUGGGUUAAAUGGCUUCACAUAUACUACGGCAAAGGGAGAUCAAUGUGGGGUCUGGUAGCUGGUAACGCUUCUUGGGUUGUAAGGAAAAUUCUUAAAGCCAAGGUUUAUCUUGAAAAUGUAGGAAUACAGGAACAAGACUUGAUCCAGAUGGAAAAGUUCUCCAUAAAGAAGGUGUAUGUCAUAUUGAGAGGGCCUUUCCAAAAAGUUCCUUGGAGGAAAGUGGUGUGUAACAACUUUGGGGCAGCCAAAUGGAUAUUUAUUCUGAGAUUAAUCAUUUGUGAGAAGCUUUUAACUAGAGACAAAUUAGCUACUUGGGGUAUCACUGAUGAUACCAUCUGUCCAUUAUGCAACCAUGAAGAUGAAAGCAUUGCACAUUAG